CGAUUGACCGGAAGGGGCGUGGCUUGUGCCUCUGUCAAGGCCCCCUUGUCAUUGGUAGCUGGACCGACACCGAGGCCGCCGGGAAGGGACGGCGACGAUGUCUUGCUGCGGGAGCGGCGCGGUUGCCGCUCGGGGCCUCGGCCGCCUUCUGGUGCUCGUGCAGAAAAAUGGAGUACGGCAUUGUUCCUAUUUAGCCACACGGAAAAAUCUUUAUAUCACUAAAGAUACAAAAGUCAUUUGUCAGGGUUUUACCGGCAAACAGGGUACCUUUCAUAGUCAACAGGCUUUGGAAUAUGGCACCAACCUAGUAGGUGGAAUUUCGCCCGGCAAAGGAGGCAAAACCCAUUUAGGGCUUCCAGUCUUUAACUCGGUGGAGGAGGCUAAGAGGAAAACGGGCGCUUCUGCCUCCGCGGUAUACGUGCCGCCUCCGUUUGCCGCUGCUGCAAUCAAUGAAGCCAUUGAUGCAGAAAUCUCCCUAGUUGUGUGCAUCACAGAAGGUAUUCCCCAGCAGGACAUGGUGCGGGUCAAACACAGAUUGCUACGUCAGAACAAGACUCGGCUUGUUGGCCCAAACUGUCCAGGAGUUAUCAACCCUGGAGAAUGUAAAAUUGGCAUCAUGCCCGGCCACAUUCACAAGAAGGGAAGAAUUGGUAUUGUAUCAAGAUCUGGCACGCUGACGUACGAAGCUGUUCAUCAGACAACUCAAGUUGGACUGGGACAAUCUUUCUGUGUUGGAAUUGGAGGAGACCCAUUCAAUGGGACAAACUUCAUUGACUGUCUGGAGGUCUUCCUGAACGAUUCAAACACGGAUGGCAUCAUCCUGAUAGGUGAGAUCGGUGGGAAUGCUGAAGAAGAUGCCGCCGAGUACCUUAAAAAAAACAAUUCUGGUCCGGACGCCAAGCCAGUUGUCUCAUUUAUAGCUGGAGUCACUGCUCCGCCUGGCCGGAGGAUGGGCCACGCAGGGGCAAUCAUUGCUGGCGGGAAAGGAGGCGCUAAAGAGAAAAUCGCUGCCCUUCAGAACGCCGGGAUCAUUGUCAGUAUGUCUCCUGCUCAGCUGGGCUCUACUAUGUACAAGGAAUUUGAGAAGAGGAAAAUGCUGUGAGAGAAGGAUCUGUGGAAAGCUGUCACUCCAGAGAUAUCGACACAGCCUUUCGCCUCCUUCCUGUACUGGUCACCCGCUAAUUUUUCUUUGCCUGCAUUCAGCUGACAUCAGUUUUACCAAUUCAGCUUUAAGGCCACAGUGUCACAUUUCAGUGGCUCCUUUGUUCAGACAUGAUUGUACAUCAUAGUAAAUGAAUAAAUCUACCACUAAACUUGAUUUAUUUGAAA